AUGGACUCAAUUGACCAAGGACCUGAAGGAGCAGAUUUGGGAAGUUGUUCAAGUGGCUUAUGUUGUUGGGGAAGGGGGCAAGAAGAUGGUGCUGUCCUUCAAGGUUAUCCCCAGAUUUUGAGGCUGUGCAUUCUGAGCAGUCACAGAGAAGGGAGAGAUACGAGUACAACCAUAGGUUGUCUCGAAAAAGGGUACGUUGGUUCGGAGGAUCAAUUGGAAGAAACCAUGCUCGGUGAAGAAAUCGAUCGAUCUCUGCUAUGGAAGAAGGCAAGAGAAGAUAAACAAGGAAACAUCCCUGAUCCAAAGGCUGCAGAGAAGGCAAAAUUAAUCGAUGAUUUGAAAAAACAAGUCUCUGAGGGCACUCUGACUGUCUCUGGGAGCAACGAUGUUUUGACCAUGGCUUUGGGAACACUUGAGCAUGGUGGGAGGGUGAGGUGUGGAGCUGGGGUUUCCCCAACUCAAUUCUUCAAUUUGCCGAGACAGCAGAGAGUAAAAUUUGCUAACAAAUUGAAGGAAAGUGUUAUGGCAGCAGUGAGAGAGGAAACCAAAAAGAUGGAGGCCAGGGCAAAGGAAAGUGUUAUGGAGGCAGAUCUCUCAAAGCUUGACAUGCCAGCUCCUCUGUUAGCCCUAUACCAAUAUGUCGAGACCAAGUUGAAGCCUACUAACGAGACCAUUACAGUUCACAUGCCUGAGGAAAUGUUUGGCACUGAUCAUGAUACCUGGCUCUUGAGUGAAGACAUUUUACAGUUUGCUUCCAUGGUUGAGAUUGGAGCCACAGUGAUUGCAGUAUACAUGAGGUACCUAUUUGACUAUUUAAAAAUGGCAAAUAUGGUAAAACUUGUUGGCCUCGUGGACCCUGGACAAGCUCUCAAUCUGGAACGUUAUCUCACCUCUCAAAACAUCUCUCAGAAAGCCUGA